UUUGCAAGAACGCAAAUGUCUUUUGCCACACAGCUCAGGAUCGCCAGAUUUGGAUGCCAAAGAAGGAUUAGUGCAAUCCAGAACACAGCAGUCAUGAUGAAAAGACGAGCGGACGCCUCUCCCGUGCUUGCUGCAAAGAGGCACCGUGCUGACAGCAGCUCCGAUGAAGAGUCCAGACAAGACUCCAGCCAGAAUGAGUCUCUCAGCGACCAGGAAGAGCACCGAGCCGGCUUCUCCAUGCCGUCCGUACCGGUCUGCGCCGGGGACGCGGACUCGCCCCCGCACAACUCCAAGUUCUCCAUGUACAACAGCGUGUCACAGAAGCUCAUGGCCAAGAUGGGCUUCCGCGAGGGCGAAGGUCUGGGCAAGUUCGGCCAGGGACGCAAGGAGAUCGUGGAGGCGUCGACUCAGCGGGGGAGGCGGGGCCUGGGCCUCACGCUGCAGGGCUUCCAGGGGGAGCUCAACGUCGAUUGGCGAGAUGAACCCGAGCCCAGCGCCACAGAGAAAGUGGACUGGUUCCCAGAAUGCACCACAGAAAUUCCCGACGCAGAUGAGCUGAGGGACUGGAUGGCAGUGGGGCCAAGAAAAAUGAAGAUCGAAGACGAAACUGAGUUUUGCACUGAAGACCUCCUGCACACACUUCUCAGGUGCAAGACGGUGUUUGACGACCUGGAGGGCGAGGAGAUGAGACGAGCGCGCACUCGUUCCAACCCCUACGAGACCAUCCGAGGCGGCAUCUUCCUCAACAGAGCGGCGAUGAAAAUGGCCAACAUCGACCACUGCUUCGACCACAUGUUCACCGACCCGAAAUCUUCCGACGGGAAGCCUCUGACGCACGACAACGCCAGCGAACUUCUGUACUUCGGCGACGUGUGCGCCGGGCCCGGCGGCUUUUCCGAGUACGUCCUGUGGAAGCGACGCUGGCACGCCAAAGGCUUCGGAAUGACGCUGAGGGGGCCGUGCGACUUCAAACUAGAGGAUUUCUACGCCGCGCCCAGCGAGCUGUUCGAGCCCUACUACGGCGAAGGAGGCGUGGACGGCGACGGCGACAUCACCCGGCCGGAGAACGUGACGGCCUUCCGGAACUUUGUGUUGGACAGCACCGAGGGAAGGGGGCUGCACUUCCUCAUGGCGGACGGGGGCUUCUCCGUGGAAGGCCAAGAGAACCUUCAGGAGAUUCUGACCAAGCAGUUGCUGCUCUGCCAGUUCCUCACCGCGCUGUCCACGCUCAGGACAGGCGGCCAUUUUGUGUGUAAAACCUUUGACCUCUUCACGCCUUUCAGCGUGGGUCUGGUCUACCUGCUGUACCUCUGCUUCGAUCGGGUCUCGCUCUUCAAACCCGUGACCAGCCGCCCCGCCAACUCCGAGAGGUACGUGGUGUGCCGAGGUUUGAAGCCGGGCUCGGACGCCGUCAGGGAGUACAUGUUCCGGGUCAACCUGAAGCUCAAGCAGCUGCGGGGCACGGACUCGGACGUGACGGACGUGGUCCCUCUCAGCAUCGUCAAGGAGGACGCCGACUUCUACCACUUCACGGUCAACUCCAACGAGAGCCUGUGCGCCGUCCAGAUCAAAGCCCUGGCCAAGAUCCACGCCUUCGUUUUAGACCCGACGCUCGCUGAGUCGAGGCAAGCCGACGUGCGCAAGAAUUGUCUCAAGCUGUGGGGGGUGCCCGACAAGGCCAGGGUCACGCCGGCGUCCUCGGACCCGAGGUCCAAAUUCUACGAACUGGUCAAGAAUCCCGACAUGGAAAUGUUCAAAAGCAGCAUCACGCCGCUCAACUCCCGCACGCUCGAAAAGCUGCGGCACGUCCUGGACCACCGUUGCAUCGUGGGAGGCGGCGAGCAGAUCUUCCUUCUGACUCUGGGCAAGUCUCAGAUUUACACGUGGGACGGAAAGAUGCCGUUACGGUGGCGGAAGCUGGAGAACUUCAAGCUGGAGCUGCCCAGAGAUUCUUUGCUGAGUGUGGAGAUCGUGCAGGAGCUCAAAGGCGAGGGCAAAGCGCAGCGGCGGAUCAACGCCGUGCACGUGAUGGACGCGCUCAUUCUGAACGGCACCGACGUCAGAGAUCUGCACUUCAACAAGCGGAUCGAGAUGGCAGAGAAGUUUGUGAAGGCGGUGGCCAAGCCCAGCAGACCCGACAUGAACCCCAUCAGAGUGAAGGAAGUUUACAGGCUGGAGGAGAUGGAGAAGAUCUUUGUCAGACUGGAAAUGAAGGUGACUAAAAGUUCUGGCGGAGUCCCACGUCUGUCUUACACCGGCCGAGACGACCGCCACUUCCUCCCCAGCGGACUCUACAUCAUCAAGACCACCAACGAGCCGUGGAUGAUGGCGUACAGCAAAACCGCCAAGAGGAAGUACUUCUUUCACAAGCUCAACAGGGAGUCCGUCUUUGACACGCCGCCCGACGCCGCGUCCCCUUUCCACGUGUGCCACGCCGUCCGCCUGUUCUGGGCCUGGGAGGACGGCGUCAUGGUGCACGACUCUCAGACGCGCGUGGACCCCAACAAGCUGUCCAAAGACGACGUGCUGGCGUUCAUCCACCACAACCUCUAGUUGUGACCCGCCUGUGAAAAACGCUCGAGUCGAGCAAUCUGGGCAAAGGUCAACCACUUGGCGUGUGAAACUGCUCUGCAAGGAAAUCGUAGGAUAAUUUUGUUCAUUGUGUCAUGAUGUCCUACGUGGUAUCAUUUUUGUUUUUUUUAUCUUUUUCGCGUGUGAAUGUGGCUGGGGGGGCGUGGCUAGUGUGUACCCAGAUUUUUCUGUUAGUCCUUCACAUCGCCUGAAGAGCUUUUUUUUUUUUAAUAUAGUGUAAAUAAGAGUGACAAGAAAUAAAACCAAAAAAUACUGUUUUGAGAAAGACGUGUAACCAGAGGAAAAAACGAGCGUUUCGCUUUUCUAAGUAUUUAUUUUCGUUUUUUUUUUUUGUUUUCAUUUGCGGGUCGCCCA